AUGAAACCAAAAAUGAUUCUAUCAAUUUCAAAAUUAUUCAUCAUCAUCAUCCUCAUUUUGACGGCAACUACAGUAAUCAGCAGCUACAAUCCGGACUGCAAAUUUAUUCAAAAACAUGACGGGGAGACAUUUGAGAGAACAAUGUUUGUGUUUUUAAUUGAUCGAUGUAUUCCGGAAUAUGUGAGUUAGAGGAACUUGGAUUUUUAUCAAAAUAUAUAUUUUCUAGCAAUUUCCGACCAGCUGAUCACAAUUCCAUUGUCAAAAAUUGCAAAUCUCAAAUCCUAAGUGGAAAUUUGGGAGGUCAGAACUGAUUUCAGAUGAAAAUCUGAUAGCAUAGGGUUGUUCAGAAGAACAAAUCACAUAUAUUUUUGGGUCUCGCGGCGAAAAAUUGAUUUUGCCUUGGAUUUUUGGUGAUUUUCUAGGUCCUGUGUGAAAUUUUCACUGUUUUCCGGGUCUUGAAGAGAAAAUUAAGGCUUUUUUCGCUUCAGGACCCAGAAAACAGUGAAAAUUCCAUCCAGAACCUAGAAAAUCACCAAAAAUCCAAGGCAAAAUCAAUUUUUCGCUGCGAGACCUAAAAAUAUAUGUAAUUUUUUCCCUAUACUAUCAAAUUUUCAUGAAAAUCAUCUCGAAAUCUAGUUCUAACCACCCAAAUUUCCACUUAGGAUUUGAGAUUUGCAAUUUUUGACAAUGUAAUUGUGAUCUGCUAGAAAAAUAUAUAUUUCAUUAAAAAAAAACAAUUUUCGCAGAAACUCAACACAAUUUUUAUGCUGAAACAAAUCACGUGUCAAAUACCAUUCAAAAACAACAAAUUAUUCCGUUUCGCACUUGGUGAUCUUUCCGACGAAUCCCUCCAAUUUCCCACCCCUUUCAAAAUCGAAAAUCUCGAAGCAGCCGUUGAUGAAAUCUACAACAAGCCACUCACAACACAUUCAAAACUAGCCAAUUCUCUGAUUCGUCUCAAACGACUUAUAACUAUUAUAGCGAGUAUCAAGAAUAUGAAGAUGCAAACAAUUAUUAUUCCGACGUUGGUUAUCAAGGAUUGUGUCAAUUCAACAAGUGUGUCGUGCUCAUCGCAAGAAGUUGUUGCGAAAUUUAUGAACAAAAAUCAUGUGUUCAACGUCAGCUUUGUCGAUUUUAAUAAGGUUGCGGAGACUGGAGAUUUUAAUCGAAUUCAUGUUCCGGAUCAGGUUUCACAGAAUCAAAAUUCUCCACAAUGGUUGUUGGAAAAGACACAGAAAUUGUGAGUUUCAAAAUGCCACGUCAUAGGUUGAUCUAUAAUUCUCUGAAGUCAAACUUCGACUAUGCCACGUGGCAAAUAACUUGAAUUUCAAGUUUCGGACCGAUGUCAAAUUCUAGCACAAAACCACAACUCAACUCGAUUCCAAAGGCGAAAAUCGGAAUUCUAGUCAAUUUCAGAACUUGCCCAGAUAAAUCCCUAAAAAUUUUUUUCACAGUGUGGAUGUGAUGAUUGGAAGGAAGCCGAAAACCACAACAGCAGUUGCGACUACACCAAAACCAACAUUUCCACCGACAACUACGACUUUGCCUACAACAGUUCGGACUACGACUCAAGUUCCAACCACAACAACUAAACCCCCGACCACGACGACAGUUCCAACUACGACAACCUUGCUUACAACUACAACAGGUAAGUAGAUCAAAGCUUCUUGUACAUAGAUCAAACAUAUUUUUCUCUAAUGCGAUGUCCAAAGUGAAAAUAUAGCAAAAAAAAUGCGAGAAUAUAUUCUGAAGGGUCUCACGACGAACAGAGAAAUAGUGUUUAUAUUCGAGAGAAUCAGACAGUUCGACUUUAGACGAUUUCACUUUGGACAUUGUGAGAGGUCAAAAAAAUGCGGAAAAAACCCUGCGGUAGUAUAUUACACUUGUAUAAUUUACCUUACAGUUCCGACAACUACACAAAUUCCAACCACAUCCACUGUAGCCACUACCACAACUGGUAAGUAGAUCUCACAACGGGAACCUAUUCGACCUGCUGAUCACGAUUCCGCAGUCAAAUUCUGCGUACCUCAACAUGAGUUAUGACGUGGCAAAAAUCAGAAAUUUUGAAAAAUCGAUUUUGAUGGAAAUAAGCAGCUUACUUACGUAAUUGACGCUACUGAACAACGCUGUACUAUCAGAUUUAAAAAAAAAAAAAUCAGCAGGUCGAAAACCACUAGAAAGAGGGAAAGUUUCGUUCCACCGUGAAAAAAAAUACGGAAAAACCCCUAUACAUUACAGUUCCGACAACUACUCAAGUUCCAACCACAACAACCUUGCCUACAACUACAACAGGUAAGUAGAUCUCAAAUUUCUCCAGAACUGUCAGGUGGAAUAUAAAAUUGUCUAUAACAAUUUCAGUUCCAACCACAACAACCUUGCCGACAACUUCAACCGAUCCACCUACAACUGCAAUUCAUCCGAGUUCUACCCAACCACAGACUUCAGCGAGUUCUGAAGUCGCAACAUCUACAUCUGCAGCUCCAACUUCAGCACCAAGUUCAAAUUCAACGACAGACACCACAACAUCCAAAGCGGCUCAAACGAGCUCAGCCUUCGCACUCAAAUUAUGGAUGAUAAUUGUGAUCGUAGCCGUGAUAACCCUAAUUCUAUUGAUCGCGAUUUGCUGCACAGUAUUCUGUUGUGUGAGAUCGUCGAAAAAUCGGAAAAAGAAGAAGAAGCAAAUUGAGAUGGAGAAGAUGAAAAAGGAGAAGAAGGAGACAAAUCGAAAACGAGAGACGGCGAAGAAAAAGACAACAACAAAUGGCAAAAAAUCGGGAGUCGAAUCGAAAGGUUCGAAAGAGUCGACGGGAUCUUCGACAGCAUCGGCGGAGAAGAUGAUGAAGGUGGAGAAAUCGGUGCCCGAUAAAUCGACGUUGGAUUAUUCGAUUACACUGGAUGAUGAGAAUGUGAGUAAGGCCAAGAUGUCUAGCCUAGAUCUAGACUGAUAGUUCAAGGCUAAAGACGCUUCCAGAUAGAUCUAGACCUAUGUAACUUACGAUAAGUCGGGCCUAUCUAGAAAGUUUGAAAAUCAAACUGUGUAGGCCUUAGGUUUGCCACGUCAUAACUAUGAUUUUGGAACAGAAAAUCGAAGUUAGGCUAAACAAUGGACAGAAAAUUGUUAAGCCUAAGCUUUAGGCCCUUAAAAGCCACGUCAUAACCAAAAUUUCCGUGUUAAAACGAUGAAGCGAAAAUCAAAGUUAGCCUAAGUUAAGCCUAAGCUUUAGGCCCCUCAAAAGCCACGUCAUAACUAUGAUUUUGGAACAGAAAAUCGAAGUUAGCCUAAGUUAAGCCAAAGCUUUAGGCCAAACGAUGAACUAAAAAUCGAAGUUAGCCUAAGUUUUAGGCAAAACGAUGAACUAAAAAUCAAAGUUAACCUUAGUUAAGCCUAAGCUUUAGGCAAAACGUUAACCCAAAAAUUUCCAGGAAAAUGGAAAAUCGCAAGAAUUCAUCACUCACGACGAAACCGAGCAGAAACCAAUCCGAAAUCCACCACCGACCGAAAUUGCGCCCUCGAAACCGCUUCCGAGUUCCGCUUCCGGAUCCGCAGAGCUUGCGCGCCACAAAAAAUCGAUGCCGAAAAAGAAGCGAAGUAAAUCGAAAAAACAUUGAUGUUCGGAAUAAAAUUGUUGCGUGUUCUGUUCUAAUUUUGGGUUCUGUAGAUAGAUUUCCGAAGGUAGAACUAAGUCAUUUUUAAUGUGGGAAAAAGUAUGAAAACCGGAAUUAUUCUCUAUUUUUUAACGGGAUUUGUAGUUACGAUAAGUCCGCCAAAAUGUGAAUAUCAGAAAGAGAAUAAUGUGUAUAAUCAAACUAGAUUCAUUUUUAUAGUGGAUCGAGUGGUGGAGCAAGUUAUUGUAAGUCAGAAUAGGCUGAGAAAGAGGCCGCAAUUCUUUUGAACCAAAAUUUUGCAGAAAGAAAACACAAAAUAUCUGCUAAAACUAAUCGCUUGCAAUAUUCCAAGUUCGCCUAACUUCGAAUACCUUCUAAUCGAUAUGGCGGAAAAUGAGAAGCCUCAAAAAGUGCUGAUUCACAACCUGGAGCAAUCGAUAAAUCACAGUCUUUCGAGCAAACCAAUUGCAAAUCCAGAUCCAGAUCAAUGGACGGCGACACUGUCAAAACAUCUCGAAAAAAUCAAUGAGAUGCGGGAUCAUUCGAAUAUUCAGAUUGUCAUCUUGAAUCAUCAAAGAUGCGUUGACAAACAUUUGAUUUGUUCAGUUCGAAGAUUUCUUGCCAAAUAUUUGAAGGGAGGAGUUAAUGGAACUCGAAAGGAUUUGAAUAUUAUCGAAUUUGUGAGGAAUGGUGAGAAACCGGAGAAUGGAACGGAGAAUACACUUUUGAUUCGAGAGGAUUUUUCAAAAAAAUUGGAUUUUCCCGAAAAUUUGGUGAAGGAUACGAAGGAAUUGUGAGUUUGUUUAGCGGUCAGAGGGUCAAGGGUUCGAUCCCGCCACUGAACAUUUUUUGAUUUUUGUCAAAAAUCCGAAAAAAACGCAUGUUCAGUAGCGGGAUCGAACCUGUGACCUUCUGAGUACAAAACGAAGGAAUUUUCAGCGUUUCCCGAAUGAUUCCACCACCAAAUCCACUCAAAUCACCAAAAAAACCGAAAAAUCAAAAAAUGGACAUUUGGCUAAUUAUAGUUCUAGCAAUUAUCGCCCUAAUUAUCAUUUUAGUCAUAAUUAUCAUAUGCACGGUAUGUUGCUGCAAAUGCUCAAAAAAGAAGAAAAAGAAGACGGCAAAAAAGAGCAAAAUCGGGUCGGAUGAAGAUGUUGGAAGUGGAAGUCCUGGCGGAAAAAUGUCACCAAAAAUCGCGACGAAAAAAUCGAAAAGUGGAUCGACUGAAUCGGUAGAUCAUAUGGAAAUUGAGGUGAGGAAAAUGGAGAAAACUUUGCCCGAAAAAUCGACGCUUGAAUAUUCGAUCACGUUGGAUGGAGAUGAUGGAUGUGAUGUAGGUUUUAAAACAAAAAAAAUGUCAGUAGCGGGAUCGAACCCGGGACCUUCUGAUUAGAAAUUGAGGCUUUUGCUAGCAAAAAUCAUGAAAUUUUGAGUAGAAAAUCUGACACAUUCACAAAUAAUUGUUCAGUAGGGGAUCGAACCCGGGACCUUCUGAUCAGAAAACAAAGCUUUAACCAGCUGAGCCAAAAUUUCAAAACUGAGCUUAUUUUUCGCGUAGAUCACGAAAUUUUGGAUCCUGAGCACUUAAAUCUAGAAAUUUCAAAAAAAUUGUUCAGUAGCGGGAUUGAACCCGUGACCUUCUGAUUGGAAAACAAAGCUUUAACCAGCUGAACUAAAUUUCCCAAUUUUCCCGAAAAUCGCAAAAUAUUUUGCAGAAAGAGGAGCCAAUCAAAAAUUCGAAAGAAUCUGGAAGCAAGGAAAAUCCAUCAGCUGAAAUUGUCGUUGAACCAGUUAAGCCUAAGCCUAAGCCUAGGCCCGGAAAAGGGCCUGGGCCUGGGCCUGAAAAAAGAAAAGACGAGAAAAUGUGAGGCGAAAUCGAGAGGAAAAGGGAAAUGAAUGUUUUUGUUUGGCUCAGCUGGUUAAAGCUUUAUUUAGCAAUCUAAAGGUCGCGGGUUCGAUCCCGCCACUGAACAUUUUUUGAUUUUUGUCAAAAAUCCGAAAAAAAACGCAUGUUCAGUAGCGGGAUCGAACCCUAGACCUAUUUUUCACGUAGAUCACGAAUUUUCAGCGUUUCCCGAAUGAUUCCACCACCAAAUCCACUCAAAUCACCAAAAAAACCGAAAAAUCAAAUAAAAAUGGACAUUUGGCUAAUUAUAGUUCUAGCAAUUAUCGCCCUAAUUAUCAUUUUAAUCAUAAUUAUCAUAUGCACGGUAUGUUGCUGCAAGUGCUCAAAAAAGAAGAAAAAGAAGACGGCGAAAAAGAGCAAAAUCGGGUCGGAUGAAGAUUGUGGAAGUGGAAGUCCUGGCGGAAAAAUGUCACCAAAAAUCGCGACGAAAAAAUCGAAAAGUGGAUCGACUGAAUCGGUAGAUCAUAUGGAGAUUGAGGUGAGGAAAAUGGAGAAAACUUUGCCCGAAAAAUCGACGCUUGAAUAUUCGAUCACAUUGGAUGGAGAUGAUGGAUGUGAUGUAGGUUUUAAAAUCAAAAAAAAAUUGUUCAGUAGCGGGAUCGAACCCGGGACCUUCUGAUUAGAAAUUGAGCCUUUUGCCAGCUAUAUUGAGUCUACAGCACUUUUUGACUAGAAAAUCUGACACAUUUUCAAAAAAUUGUUCAGUAGGGGGAUCGAACCUGUGACCUUCUGAUUGGAAAACAAAGCUUUAACCAGCUGAGCCAAAACUUCAAAAUUGAGCUUAUUUUUCGCGUAGAUCACGAAAUUUUGGGUCCUGAGCAGUUAAAUCUAGAAAUUUCAAAAAAUUGUUCAGUAACGGGAUUGAACCCGUGACCUUCUGAUUGGAAAACAAAGCUUUAACCAGCUGAGCCAAAUUUCCCAAUUUUUCCCGAAAAUCGCCAAAUUUUGCAGAAAGAGGAGCCAAUCAAAAAUUCGAAAGAAUCUGGAAGCAAGGAAAAUCCAUCAGCUGAAAUUGUCGGUGAACCAGUUAAGCCUAAGCCUAAGCCUAGGCCUAGAAAUGGGCUUGGGCCUGAAAAAGGAAAGACGAGAAAAUGUGAGACGAAAUCGAGAGGAAAAGGGAAAUGA